UGUUAAUUAAACAGUAAAAUAUUUUAUAACAAUGGCAAAGUUUUUAGCAACUAUUAAAGCAAUUAUUACACGGCUAGUUUUUGCGGCUCAUGGUUUCAUCGCAAUUUGGCAAGUUACCACGUUUAAAAAGAAUCCUCUCUUCUGGUACCUGAGUUGUCCAAUUCUGUUACUCUUCUUCGAGGGGAUCUUCACGCUUUCUAUAAAAGAAAAUCAAGAAUGGAAAUGGUUUUGUCCUUCUGUUUUCCUGUAUCUAAGCAGUGUAGUGCCUGCAAUAUGGCUGCUGGAGUUGGAUAAGGUUGACAGAAGAUUGAGAGCAUUUGAAGCAAAUGUAAACAUAUCAGAAAAUUUUGAUCUUACCAAUUUAGCAGCUGAAGACUUAAAACACUUGGAGAAAGCAUUUGGCGUGAACAUCUACCUGCCAGACAUACGGAUCUCCACAGAAACCUGGGUGACUUUAAUAGAACAAUUCCUGAUGCUGAUUCUGAUCAUUGGAAGAUGGAUGUUACCAAAAGGUGACUUAACCCGCGACCAAUUAAGCCAGUUGUUAUUAGUUUACAUUGGAACAGCAGCGGACAUCAUCGAGUUUUUCGAUUCGUUCAAAGAGGAUCGUAUAGCACGUGAACCUGUGCUGGUUUAUUUGACCCUAGGAAUUUGGGCGUGGUCCCUGAUGCAAUUUACCGUAGUCCUGACGGCGACCAAGUCCAGGAAGUCGCGGCUCUCGUCCGGAAGCGCUGUCAAAAAGAGAGUACACACUGAGACCAGUUGUUGUAGCAUAGACGUAUGGGGGAUCGCUUUGAACAUGCUUUUACAGGAUGGACCAUUUCUUGCAUUUCGACUUAUUCUAAUCAUUCAUUACCAUAUUGUCAGCUACAUGAACAUUUUCUUCACGUGCAAAAACACUUUGGUUAUUCUUCUGCAACUGUAUCGUUUGUACGUGGUACAGACAGAGAACAGGAACAAGCGGAAGAAGAAACCUGAAACGUCAAAUAUUAGUAUCAUUUCACGAGGGGACAUGUAUAAGCACGUGAAAGGUCGUAAAGUUUCUGUUGAGAGAAGAAGAAAGAGAAGAAGAGACAAUGACGUUGAGGCAAAUUACUCGCAGAGCGAAGAAACCACAGAAGAAGAUGACCAGUUUGACUCCUCUCCAAGAAAUACUCGUCCUAAACGAAAAACUCGCCAAGACAUUGAUUACUCUACGUCAAGUUCUGGGAAACAAGGAAAAUUAGAAAGGAUUGAAAUCAAGAAGAAAUCAUCGCGCAAAAAUGAUUCCAAACGCGAGAUUUCAACGGAGGAAGAGAAACGUAGACGGAAAGUCGACAGAAAACCAUCGACCAAAGGAGACAGGAAUUUCUCCGAGAGCACCAGGUUGAAAUCCAAACAGGACGACUCCAGUAAAAGCUCCAGCAGGAGUAGGAAGUGCAAAGACAAUAGCGAAGAGGAGUCGACCACUGAAGAAGUCGCUGGAAAGACUGUCACCGAGGAAAGUGAAUCAGAACCUGAAAGGAAAAGGUACGUUCACCGAAAACGGCGACAAGAUAGAGACUGACAAAGACGCCUCGGCAUAAUCGCGCUCUUCUUCGUCUAUUCCGCGAUCCUCGUUACCUGCAUGCUUUUCAUACAUGCCGGGGUCAAUGACGG